GCGCUAUAAAUACAACAGAGCGCGCACAUCACUAGCUCUACAGUUCACUAAAAGUGUUGAAACUGCGCUCUCCGUCGCGCGCUCCAUGCGGGGGAUUAAUCGACCAUAACUUCUUUUCACUGGAUCUUUGGGGACUGUAUAUACUAUUGAAACUAUAAAAGCGAUUUUUUUAAACAAGUAUUGCAAUAAGUUUUUUUUUUUUUUUUUCUCUCUCUCUCUCUCUGGAAUAAGUAAUAAGACUGUUCACACUUACCGAAUGAUGUGAGCCUGAUGUCGCCUUUCGAUUCUGAAGGGAUUUUGUUCCUUUAAUUUUUACUGCCAAUGCUGUUAAAAAAUACAAAUGAAGAUGUUGCUCAGGUGGGAUGGAUAAUCUAAAGUUUAUCUCAAAUGCUAUGUAUCUUGAAGGUUAUUAGUGCUCGCCAUACAGCCUGGAGAUGUUAGCAAUCCAACACUGCAACGAUUCAACCCUGAUUGCUGCUGAACCACUCAACAAUGAGACUCAGAAGGUUCCUGGGGUGGCACCAGUGCGCUGCACGGAAAAUCUCACCGCCACUUCAACCAACCCCACGGCAGCUGGCCUCUCCAUGACACUGGGCAUUGUGUCCAACAUCAUAGCACUGAUCAUCCUGGCGAAAGCUUACACUCGACUGCGGAAACGCUCGAAAGCGACAUUCCUGCUCUUUGCCAGUUCCCUAGUGGCCACAGACCUUGUUGGCCACGUCAUCCCCGGCGCGCUGGUUUUGCGCCUUUAUUUCUCUGGCACUGCUGGAAGAGAUUGCGACCAACCCGAUGCCAUCUGCCAAUUCUUGGGCGGUAGUAUGGUGUUCUUCGGCCUGUGCCCACUCUUUCUCGGGUGUGGCAUGGCAGCUGAGAGGUGCAUGGGGGUAACGCGGCCUCUCGUGCAUGCCCGUGCCAUAUGCACCGCCCACACCAGGAUGGUGCUGGUGAUGAUAUGGUUGUUGGCUUUAUCUGUAGCACUGCUGCCAUACUUCCGUUUAGGCACAUAUGACUAUCAGUACCCAGGGACGUGGUGCUUCAUUAAUGUGUUAAAGGACACAAGGGUCACAGAUGUGUUAUUUGUGCUGCUGUUUUCUGGACUGGGAUUGACUUCACUUGCCGUGGCAUUUAUCUGCAACACAAUCAGCGGAAUGACGCUAGUGAUUGCCCGUCUCCGCAAGAGGAAAUGCCACCGUAGAUCAGCCAAGUCACAUGACAUUGAGAUGGUGGUACAGCUAGUGGGCAUCAUGGUCACUUCCUGUAUCUGCUGGAGCCCUCUCCUGAUCUUUGGUCUGAUGUCAGUCAUCCACUCAUACAGCUGCUCAAAGGGGGACGACCUGAAAUCCUACAAGAAUUUAAUGGUAAUGGGAGUGCGUCUGGCCUCCUGGAACCAGAUUCUGGACCCUUGGGUCUACAUUCUGCUACGGCGGGCCGUCCUCCGGAAGAUCUAUCGCUUAACCACGGGCCACAGAGACCUGAGGGGGAGCACAUUCCGGCGGUGGGAGAUCAGCUCUCUGCAGAACUCAGUUAAAAAUGCUGUUAAUCUGAACUGAUGGAACGUGGGAUUCCAGCGUGUUAGUUCUGCCACAUGGAAAGGACAAGGAGAAGAAAAAACCUGGAGGUCAUGAGGAUGUUGCUGUAUAUACCAAAUCACUGCACUGCAGUGUUACUGAAAACUGAUAAUACAUCUCUAUUGCUUGAUUGGUGGAUAUAGUAGUAGUACACUGGGAGUUGUACUCAAAGUAUGACAGCGAUGAUCUGGACCAGCCAUAGAGACUUUAUCAAGCAUCAUAAUGGAGUCGGUCUGCUCAUUUUAUUGAGUCACAUCAAAAGGAAUCACAUUUUCCUUGAUCUUUGGAGAAUGGUCUUUAAAAAAUAUUUUAAUAACAUAAAAACAUAAAUAAUUUUACUUACAUUGUAAGUAAAUCUGGAAAAUGAUGAUAUAACCGCUUUAAAUGCAUAUUAUGAUGGAAUGCUCUGUUACGUUGACUUGUCUUGUAAAUAAAUGAUUGUUGGUAAUCAUAAAGUCAGUGAGUCAAUGGAACUUCCUGAUGAUUGAAGUUUUAAAGAAACAGUGUUUUGUUUGUGCUAACAGUAAGUUAGCUGUAACAUUCACCAUCUAUUUCUUUUAAUGUGUCAGUCGUUAGCCUAUAUGAUUGAUUGUUAAAUGAUCCCCAUUGUGACUUCACCCUAAUGUUUUUUGUUUGUUCUUUAAUUCAGCUUGUUUUUGGCUUUAGGUGUACUGUAUUUCACAGGGUUCUGGUGAGGUUACACAGUAUUUCUCAGUUAAGUGAAGGCAGAACAUUUACUAGUAAAUAUAGGCAAAAUGUUAUACACAACAUGUUCUUGAAAAGCUAUAAAAUGUUAAAGUUACUGAAUGUUAUUUUGACCAAUAAAGGUUCACAUGUAAAGAAAAAAAAAGAAAGAAAAAUAAAAAGCCCACAAUUUAUCUAUUUAUCUAUCUUUGAUAAUAAUAAUUUAUUUUUAUAUAGAGCCUAUAAAGGUAGCUUCUCAAGGCGCUUUACACGAAGAAAUAACAAGAUAUAAGAAUAAAUAGCACAUACAAAGACAUAUAACAUAUACGUAAUGUAAACAUGCAUAUAAAAAACAGAGUUCAUAAUAAAAUAGGGUACAAAAACUAAUCAAUCAAAUAAAAGCAUUCCUGAAAUAAUAUGUUUUAAGAUAUUAUUUAAAUAAACUCAGUCUAAUAUAAGCUGGUAGCGAGUUCCACAGUUUAGGAGCAUAGAAAGAAAAAGUCCUGUCACCCAUAGAGCGUAAACAAGCCUUAGUGAAAGCUAGGAGACCAGAUGUGGAGGAGCGGGGAUCACUUUUUGGGGUAUGCAGAGUUAAAAGCUCAGGCACUGUGAGGAGCCAAGCCAUCAACACAGAAUCUGACAUGGAGCCAGUGCAAGAACUCCAAGACAGGAGUGAUGUGAUCACUUGUCCUGGCCCUAGUCGGGAUUCUGGCUGAUGAAUUUUGGACAUAUUGAAGUUUAUUUAAAGUGGAUUUAGAAACCCCAGCAAUGAGUGCAGUGCAAUAAUCAAUGCGAGAAAAGACAAAACUCUUGCAAUAUUUCUGAGAUGAAAAAAGGAUGUUUUACCAGUAUUUUGCAUGUGUGGGUCAAAUGCAUCACAUACAACACCAAGAUUUUUCAGUUUUGUUUGAAACUCCAAAGUAGAGCCAUCCACAUAUAGAGUUAAAACGGCAGCUUUAUAAAGCUGGUGAGGAGAGCUAGUAUGCAUGACUUCAGUCUUGUUACUUUUCAGACAAAGAAAAUUGAGAGUCAUCAAAGUAUUUAUCUCAGAAAUACAAUUUGAAAGAUAAGAGACUGCCACAUUUUGACCAGGAUUUGAAUGGAUGUAGAUCUGUGUUGUCUGCGAAAAAAUGAUAAUGAAGACCAAGUGAUCUUAAGAACUGACCAAGAGGAAAACUGUAAAUACUAAAAAGUAAGGGACCUAAAACUGAACCCUGAGGGACACCAGAGUGAACUGAACCAAUCUCAGACCUAUGUCCACCCAAAGAGACAAACUGCCUGCGAUCAGUGAGAUAAGAUGUGAACUAGUUUAAAGCAAUGAAUCUGUCUGUCAUCUAGCUAUCUAUCUAUCUAUCUAUCUGUUCGUCCCUCUGUCUGUCCGUCCGUCUGUCUGUCUGUCUAUCUGUCUGUCUAUCUAUCUAUCUAUCUAUCUAUCUGUUCGUCCCUCCGUCUGUCCGUCCGUCCGUCCGUCUGUCUGUCUGUCUGUCUAUCUAUCUAUCUAUCUAUCUGUUCAUCCCUCCGUCUGUCCGUCUGUCCAUCUGUCUGUCUGUCUAUCUAUCUAUCUAUCUAUCUUUCUGUUCAUCCUUCCGUCUGUCCGUCCGUCCAUCUGUCUGUCUGUCUACCUAUCUAUCUAUCUAUCUUUCUGUUCAUCCUUCCGUCUGUCCGUCCAUCCAUCUGUCUGUCUGUCUACCUAUCUAUCUAUCUGUUCGUCCCUCUGUCUGUCCGUCCGUCUGUCUGUCUGUCUGUCUGUCUAUCUAUCUAUCUAGCUAUCUGUUCGUCCCUCAGUCUGUCUGUCUGUCCGUCUGUCUGUCUGUCUGUCUGUCUAACUAUCUAUCUAUCUAUCUAUCUAUCUAUCUGUUCAUCCCUCCGUCUGUCCGUCCGUCCAUCUGUCUGUCUGUCUAUAUAUCUAUCUAUCUAUCUAUCUGUUCGUCCAUCCGUCCGUCCAUCAUCUAUCUAUCUAUCUAUCUAUCUGUUCGUCCCUCCCUCCGUCCGUCCGUCCGUCUGUCUGUCUGUCUAUCUGUCUAUCUAUCUAUCUAUCUGUUCGUCCCUCCGUUCGUCCGUCAUCUAUCUAUCUAUCUAUCUAUCUAUCUAUCAUCUAACUAUAUAUCUAUCUGUCCAUCCAUCCGUCCGUCGGUCUGUCUGUCUGUCUGUCUGUCCACUAAAGUCAAUAUUUUGUCACUAAAGUUUAAUUGCAUUUCGAUUUCUGUUAAUUUCCUUUCAAAACAGUGAUGUUUAGGAAUGAAAGCAAUAAUACAACCAAAGCCAGUCUUUAAACUUUAUAAAUUAUUAAUUUAUUCAGUCAUGUACUCAUUCAUCGUUUCAUACAGUAAUCAUAUUCACCUAAUGAUCACUGAGGUUUUUUUUUGUUUGUUUUUUUUUUUUUUUUUUUUUGAGAAUCAAAAUUGUAUGUCUUUUGUAAUAUUAUCACAAAUUACUGUGCUUGACCAUAACAUUAUUUCCAUUCUGUUCAUAAAUAAGCCCCAAGCCAUUUUUCAUUGUGUUGCAUCGCCCCCAAACGACUGAGCCUGUGAACUACAACAUUGUUGAACCAAGAAUUAAAACUCUCGUUUUCACUUUAAAAGAGAACAUAUAAACAGUGUUUCGGUUUAUAAUUAUUUGUAUUCUGUGAUGAGUGUUAUAUGUCAAUUUUCAAUGAAACGUUUACAUUCUAAGCUUUUUUCCCCAAGAUACUUGUAUAAACGUGCAUACAGUGUCGUGAGAAUUAAAAAAAAUAGUUCAGUAGGUCUGAUUUUGCAUGUCUCUCAUUUUUUUUUUUCCUUUAAAGCAAGAGAUAUAAAAAAAUAAAUAAAAGUAAUCUUUGUGUUUGCAUCAAGUUUUUGCUUUGUCUGAUGCAUGUUAUUUUGUCAAAAUUGUAGGCCUCAAUGUAAAUGUAACAGCUUUAAAUGUAAAUAUUCACAACUUUCUUUUUUCGAUCAUUUUGUCUGUGUUAAUUAUUAUUUAUUUAUUUAUUAAUUUUUUUGGCCAAAGGUGUGCAUUUUUAGGGGAAUUUUGAUAUUUCGACCUCAGUUCCUAUAAUACAUCUAUAAUACACUGUGUACACAAAAUAGUUACACUCAGGAACUUCAGGACAAAAAUGUCCCCAUUGAAUCCCAUUAAAACUGCAAUAUUUGAUCCCACUGCCAUUAAAGCAUAAAAUCAUUAAUUCUGUGAUAUUAUGCUUUCAUUCUUGGCUUCAAAAUGUACAUUUUUAAUAUUUU